AUGCCCCAAGGCAAGGGACAACUCAAAUUUGUAGUAGUAGCUAUCAAUUACUUUACAAAAUGGACCGAAGUCGAGGUGCUAGCAACAGUCACGGUCGCUAAAAUCGAACAUUUCGUAUGGAAGACCAUCAUAUGCUGGUUCGGCCUACCAAACGCAAUCAUCACAAACAAUGGCAAGCAAUUCAACUGCUCCCGUUUCUGGCAUCUGUGCUCUCGAUUCAACAUCAACAUAUUCUUUGCAUCUUCGGCACAUCCACAAUCCAAUGGACAAGUAGAGGUCAUCAACAAAAUUAUCAAAAAGACGUUGAAAAAGAAGCUCGGAGUCGCCAAAGGCGAUUGGCCUGCAAUACUACUGGAAGCACUAUGGGCCAUCAAUACCUCAUACCGAAGGUCAACAGGCGAGACCUUGUUCUCACUUGCCUUCGGUAUCGAAGCUGUGGUACCGGUGGAGGUGCGUGCACCCACAUGUCAAACAGCAUCUUACGAUCCCAAGCAAAAUGGGCACUAG